AUGGCGGUCUCCACUGCAGUCGGGAAACUGCGGAUCCCUCAGGUGGCCAAGGUCAAAAACAAAGCUCCAGCUCUCGUCCAGAUCACCGCUGAACAACUGCUGAGGGAGGCCAAAGAACGAGAGCUUGAGCUUCUUCCACCUCCACCUCGACAGAGGAUCGCAGAUGAAGAAGAAUUCAAUGACUACAAGCUGAGGAAAAGGAAGGCCUUUGAAGAUAACUUAAGGAAGAACCGGACUGUGACUGGGAACUGGAUAAAAUACGCACAAUGGGAAGAAAGGCUCCAGGAAAUUCAGAGGGCUCGAUCCAUCUACGAGCGUGCUUUAGACGUGGACUAUAGAAAUAUCACCCUCUGGCUGAAAUAUGCAGAAAUGGAAAUGAGGAAUCGCCAGGCCAACCAUGCCCGAAAUGUGUGGGACCGUGCCAUAACAGCACUGCCACGAGUCAGCCAGUUCUGGUACAAGUACACAUACAUGGAAGAGCUGUUGGGGAACAUGGCCGGUGCCCGGCAGGUGUUUGAGCGCUGGAUGGAAUGGCAGCCCGAGGAGCAAGCCUGGCACUCCUACAUUAACUUUGAGCUGAGAUACAAAGAGAUGGAGCGGGCACGGACCAUUUACGAACGCUUUGUUCUUGUGCACCCGCGGGUGAAGAACUGGAUCAAAUAUGCCCACUCUGAAGAAAAACAUGGUUAUUUGGCCCACGCACGGAAAGUGUAUGAGAGAGCUGUUGAGUUCUUCGGAGAGGAACAUAUGGAUGAACACCUCUAUGUUGCCUUUGCCAAAUUUGAGGAAAAUCAGAAAGAAUUUGAGAGGGCCCAGGCCAUCUACAAGUAUGCCUUGGACAGAAUCCCAACACAUGAGGCUCAAGAGCUCUUCAAAAACUAUACCAUCUUUGAGAAGAAGUUUGGGGACAGGCAGGGUAUUGAAGCUAUCAUUGUGAGCAAACGCAGAUUCCAGUAUGAAGAGGAAGUGAGGGCCAGUCCCCACAAUUAUGAUGCAUGGUUUGAUUACUUGCGCUUACUGGAAAGCACUGCAGAAGCUGAAACUGUGCGAGAGGUUUAUGAGAGAGCCAUUGGCAAUGUCCCACCCAUUCAGGAGAAGAGACACUGGAAGCGUUACAUCUACCUCUGGAUCAACUAUGCACUCUAUGAAGAAUUGCAGGCAAAGGAUCCUGAGAGGACAAGGCAGGUGUAUCAAGCCUCUUUGGAAUUAAUUCCUCAUCAAGAGUUCACAUUUGCCAAGAUGUGGCUCUAUUAUGCACAAUUUGAAAUAAGACAGAGAAAUUUAUCAUCUGCCAGAAGAGCAUUGGGGACUUCCAUAGGCAAGUGUCCAAAGAGCAAGUUAUUUAAAGGCUACAUAGAACUGGAAGUGAAGCUUCGAGAAUUUGACAGAUGCAGGAAGCUUUAUGCAAAGCUGUUGGAAUUUGCACCUGAAAAUUGUACCUCCUGGAUUAAGUUUGCAGAACUAGAGACAAUCCUUGGUGAUCUGGAGAGAGCCAGGGCAAUCUAUGAGUUAGCCAUCAGCCAGCCUCGCUUAGACAUGCCAGAGGUGCUUUGGAAAGCCUACAUCGACUUUGAGAUGGAACAGGGAGAAAUUGAGAGAACACGAAAACUUUACCGACAGUUGCUCCAACGAACACAGCAUGCCAAGGUAUGGAUCAGUUUGGCUCACUUUGAGUUGUCUGCAGGAAAAGAAGGAAGUGUGUCUAAAUGCAGACAGAUUUAUGAAGAGGCUAACAAAACCAUGCGGAACUGUGAAGAAAAGGAAGCGAGGCUUAUGCUGCUGCAAUCUUGGAGAAGCUUUGAGGAUGAAUUUGGAACAGUUUCAGAUAAGGAGAGAGUAGACACACUCAUGCCAGAGAAAGUGAAGAAGAGAAGAAAGGUUGGGACUGAUGACGGGUCUGAUUUAGGCUGGGAAGAAUACUGUGACUACAUCUUUCCAGAAGAUGAAGCUACCAGCCAACCUAACCUCAAACUUCUGGCUAUGGCUAAACUUUGGAAAAAACAACAGCAUCCUGACUCAGGAUGCUUUCUCUAA